UUGUAAGCAGGCUGGUCGGUUUCUGGCUUCCAGUCUCCCACUAAUACCAUAACGGAACCUUUCACACGACCAGUGUGGACAAAUAUGUCCGGAAAGUGACAUCCGAGGACGCAGAUACUGCUCCCCCAUUACCGCUGAACUCAGGGGGAAGUUUUAGGGGCUUUUGCUCCGGCUCUCCUUGCGCAGUAUCCGCAGCAGAAGACCUCAUGGAGCUGGGAACUCGACGUCUGCUGUGCACCAGGGAGCUUGAUCCAUGCUUGGUUCCCAGCAAACAAUCAUAAAGGUUGGGGGCCUCGUUUACCCUUCGGUCCAUUUUACCUGUCACUCCCCCUACAUUGCCCCUGUGGUGAUAUUGUCCUACCCUGUUUGUGGCCUUCAACAUGAUUGGCAAGCUGAAACAGAACUUGUUGGUGGCAUGUCUGGUCAUCAGCUCUGUCACAGUCUUCUACCUUGGUCGUCAUGCCAUGGAAUGCCAUCAUCGCAUUGAGGAGCGCGGCCAGCAGGGGAGAGUCCUGCCUUUGUCUGCGCUGGGAGGCAGCAUGCGGACCACCUUACGGACAGGCCAGAAUCUCAGCAUGCCUUUUGUUUAUAACAAAGACAUGCCCCUCAUCUUCAUUGGUGGAGUGCCUCGAAGUGGGACCACACUAAUGCGAGCAAUGUUGGAUGCCCACCCAGAGGUGCGUUGUGGAGAAGAAACCCGCGUCAUUCCACGUAUCCUGGCCAUGAAGCAAAUGUGGAGCCGUUCAGGCCGGGAGAAAAUGCGCCUGGAUGAGGCCGGUGUGACCGACGAGGUGCUGGACGCUGCCAUGCAGGCCUUCCUGCUGGAAAUCAUCGUCAAACAUGGCGAGCCUGCCAACUUUCUUUGCAAUAAGGACCCUUUUGCACUUAAGUCGCUUUCCUACCUGGCCAAGAUUUUUCCCCGUGCCAAGUUUCUGCUCAUGAUUCGGGAUGGGCGUGCUUCAGUGCACUCCAUGAUCUCACGGAAAGUGACCAUUGCAGGCUUUGACCUGGGCAGCUACCGGGACUGCCUGACCAAGUGGAAUCGAGCUAUUGAGACCAUGUACAAUCAGUGCCUGGAGGCAGCGGACAAAUGCCUACCUGUGCAUUAUGAACAGCUGGUCCUCCAUCCUGAAAAAUGGAUGCGUACACUGCUGAAAUUCCUUGACGUUCCUUGGAAUGAUGCUGUUCUCCAUCAUGAGGAUCUCAUUGGGAAAGCCGGGGGAGUUUCCCUCUCAAAGGUGGAGCGCUCCACCGACCAGGUCAUCAAGCCCGUCAACGUGGAGGCCUUGUCAAAGUGGGUGGGGAAGAUCCCGGCUGACGUGGUGAGGGACAUGGCAGUCAUCGCCCCCAUGCUGUCCAGGCUGGGCUACGACCCCCACGCCAACCCCCCCAACUACGGCCAGCCCGACCCCAGGGUCCUGGACAACACCCGGAGGGUCUAUAAAGGUGAAUUUGAGCUCCCAGAUUUCCUAAAAGAACAAUCACAGGUCCAGAGGUCUGCAGAGAGACCCAACUCCAGUUAGGAGAGGAGGACCGGUCCGGUCCGGCGCUGCAGGGCAGAGGACUAGAUGGGGUGGAGGCACAGGACACCGUCUCCCCCCACCCCUCGGUGCUGGGCCCGGGCGGUCAUGUGACCGCUCCAUCGGUGGUCAUGUGACCGCUCCACCGGUGGUCAUGUGACCGCUCCACCGGUGGUCAUGUGACCGCUCCACCGGUGGUCAUGUGACCGCUCCGUCGGUGGUCAUGUGACCGCUCCGUCGGUGGUCAUGUGACCGCUCCGCCGGUGGUCAUGUGACCGCUCCGCCGGUGGUCAUGUGACCGCUCCGCCGGUGGUCAUGUGACCGCUCCGCCGGUGGUCAUGUGACCGCUCCGCCGGUGGUCAUGUGACCGCUCCGCCGGUGGUCAUGUGACCGCUCCGCCGGUGGUCAUGUGACCGCUCCGCCGGUGGUCAUGUGACCGCUCCACCAGUGCGUCUCCACAGCAGACAACCGUCUCCUCCACCUCGCCUUCAGGAGACCUCAGCCUUCCACGUACCUUACAAAUAGAAACGAAUCUGGUUCUCAGCACCGCAGAAUGUCUGCUGAUUGUCGUUCGUGUCACAUCCCACUUAUCGGUUUGUAGGAAUGAUUUCUGCCUGUUUAGAGAAAAACUGUGAUUCUGUUGUAAGAAACUACAGUGAACUGAAAUCAAAAUGAGUAUUUAUGAAUGGAAAACUAGCUUUUGGAAGAUGCAAUACCUAUUUUAAUGUUUACUUUUUUCAUGUCUUUGUAUUGUGCAAUGUCAUGGGUACUGAUCAGUUGGAUGUAUUAACAAUGCUUUUUUUUAAAAAAGA